AGGGUAAACAUUUCCUUAAUCAGUUUCUACCAGAUGUAAAUUAACUAAUAAUUUGCUCGGUAUUGCGUGACAAAGCCGAUUUUGUUCUACCGUUGAAAUUCGGUAUAAUGCCGCCUUUAAAGUCGAUCAGUCUUGGUUUCUCACAUCAUACGAACGAGCACUGAAGCUCGGCACGAUGGCAGAACAAGUGAGAAAAAAUAUUUCUCUGUUGUUCUUCUUUGCUAUCAUCGUCACAAUAUGUCGAGCUGAUGACGUGUCCAAGAGUAAAUCUAAUCACACAACUACAGUUGAUCAUAACAAGAGUAAAAAUGCUUUACGGUAUGGCUACGGUGGAUCUGGUGCCAGUGCCGCGGCAGCUGCUGCUGCAAGCGGUGCUGCCGGUGGUUAUGGAGGGAUUGGCGGAGGUAUUCAAGCUGGUAUUGAAGGAGGAUUUGAAGCUGGUAUUGACGCUGGCGUGGAAGCUACCGCUGGAGCAACUGCCAGUGGUGGUAUAGGCGGAAUGAUAUCCGGCGCCAUUGGUGGAUUAUUUGAAAGUAGUAUUACUGGUGGCAUGCAAGCUGAAAUCGAGGGUGGAGUACAAGCGGGCGUAGAAGCUGGUGGGAGCGCUGGCGCUUAUGGCAUUGGCAAUUAUGGUGGUAAUGCAUACGCAGGAGCUGGCGCUGCGGCUGCUGCCGCGGCAGGAGGAGGUGGUUAUAUGGGUGGAAGCUUAUAUGGUGGAGCGGGCGCUAGUUCUGCAGCUGCUGCUGCUGCUGCUGGUGCAGGAGGUGGAGGUUAUUUGGGAGGGGGCUAUUAUGGUGGAGCUGAUGCCAGUGCUGCUGCGGCUGCUGGGGCAGGCGGUGGAGGUUAUUUAGGUGGUGGCUUAUAUGGUGGAGCGGCAAGCGCUAGUUCUGCAGCAGCUGCUGCUGCAGGAGGUGGAGGUUAUUUGGGAGGGGGAUAUUAUGGUGGAGCUGAUGCCAGUGCUGCUGCGGCUGCUGGGGCAGGAGGUGGAGGUUAUUUAGGUGGUGGCUUAUAUGGUGGAGUGGCGGGCGCUAGUUCUGCAGCAGCUGCUGCUGCAGGAGGUGGAGGUUAUUUGGGAGGGGGAUAUUAUGGUGGAGCUGAUGCCAGUGCUGCUGCGGCUGCUGGGGCAGGAGGUGGAGGUUAUUUAGGUGGUGGCUUAUAUGGUGGAGCGGCGGGCGCUAGUUCUGCAGCAGCUGCUGCUGCAGGAGGUGGAGGUUAUUUGGGAGGGGGAUAUUAUGGUGGAGCUGAUGCCAGUGCUGCUGCGGCUGCUGGGGCAGGAGGUGGAGGUUAUUUAGGUGGUGGCUUAUAUGGUGGAGCGGCGGGCGCUAGUUCUGCAGCAGCUGCUGCUGCAGGAGGUGGAGGUUAUUUGGGAGGGGGAUAUUAUGGUGGAGCUGAUGCCAGUGCUGCUGCGGCUGCUGGGGCAGGAGGUGGAGGUUAUUUAGGUGGUGGCUUAUAUGGUGGAACGGCGGGCGCUAGUUCUGCAGCAGCUGCUGCUGCAGGAGGUGGAGGUUAUUUGGGAGGGGGAUAUUAUGGUGGAGCUGAUGCCAGUGCUGCUGCGGCUGCUGGGGCAGGAGGUGGAGGUUAUUUAGGUGGUGGCUUAUAUGGUGGAGCGGCGGGCGCUAGUUCUGCAGCAGCUGCUGCUGCAGGAGGUGGAGGUUAUUUGGGAGGGGGCUAUUAUGGUGGAGCUGAUGCUAGUGCUGCGGCUGCUGCUGGGGCAGGAGGUGGAGGUUAUUUAGGUGGAGGCUUAUAUGGUGGAGUUGACGCCAGUGCUGCGGCUGCUGUCGCGGCAGGAGGUGGGGGUUAUAUCGGUGGGGGCUUAUAUGGUGGAGCGGGCGCUAGUUCUGCAGCUGCUGCAGGAGCAGGAGGGGGAGGUUAUUUAGGUGGAGGAUAUUAUGGUGGAGCGGGUGCUAGUUCUGCAGCUGCUGCAGGGGCAGGAGGUGGAGGUUACUUAAGUGGGGGUUUAUAUGGUGGAGCAAGCGCUAGUUCUGCAGCUGCUGCUGGGGCAGGAGGUGGAGGUUAUUUAGGUGGCGGUUUGUAUGGUGGAGCGGGCGCCAGUUCUGCAGCUGCUGCCGGGGCAGGAGGUGGUGGUAUAUACGGUGCAGGGGGCGCUGGCUCUGCAGCUGCAGCCGGUGCUGGAGGUGGAGGUUAUCUAGGUGGGGGUAGCGCAGCUGGUGCAGCAGGCAGUACUGGUGGCUAUACUUACACAUAUGGUUUUAAAUAA